AAUUCAUGAUGAUCAUGUUUAUGAGAAUGAGACCCACCAACAAACGGUGGUGAUUGAGACUUGGACUUGAUGUAGUGGAAAAUUAACGGUGAUGAUCAAAUAGUUGACUCACUUUGGUCCCACAUAGUGUAUUACUGUUGCUUGGGGCGGGGGGACUACCAUAAAAUGCUGCCAAAUUGCUACUAAUACAUUGAAUCCCUUUUUAUUUCUAUUUCUAUUUUUAUUAUUAAUAUUUAUUUAUCUAUGGUAUUGAUUUGUUGGGUGCUUAUCUAAUUGAUCUAGUUGAACUUCAAUUCCUCUUUUCAACAUCUGGGUAACUUUCUCUCUCUUAUUUGGAUGGAAAUUAGGGCUCUGAGCUGACAAAAAGGAUUCUUUGGCAACCCUAAAUCUGGUUUGGCCAUCUGUUAGAUUUGUACCUGAUUAGGAUUUGAAAAUGGACGUUAAAGAUAGGCCAAAUUCAGAAAAUUGGACUGAGCCUUCAACUUUUGGGAAUGAAGUGCAGCAGAAUGCAUCCCUGAACAAUCAACCGUUCACCAAUUUUACUUCUCAGGAACCGUCAAAGUGGGAAGAUCCUUCUAUACUUGAUUAUAGCAUGAGGAUAGAUUCUUCAUUCUCCAAAUAUAACCCACCUUCAGAGAACUCAUCUUUGUUUGUUGGCAAUCCAAGUAACCAGGGCAAAAUUCCAAACCAAGACGGGGCUCAAAUGAAUCAGAUGCCUGAUGGUAGUAACUUUGAUCCAAGAGCAAUGCUUAAUAAUCUCUCUUUCUUGGAACAAAAAAUCCACCAACUUCAAGAGCUAGUUCAUAUGAUCGUUGGCCGAAAAGCUCAAGUUCCUGGCAACCAAGAAGAAGUUGUUAUUCAGCAGCAGCAACACCAGCUCAUCACAGCUGAUCUUACUUCAAUUAUAGUCCAGUUAAUAUCAGCAGCUGGUAGUCUACUUCCAUCAAUGAAGCAUAACCUCUCUGCUGCUAAUUCUAGCUUGCUUCUUAAUAGGACCCUUUUUCCCUCAGCAACGACUGUUGGUACCAGUAUGAUAUCGCAAAACAACAUAGGGCAAGUAAAACAAGUUGUUGGUGAAGUUAAACCAGUUGAGCAGUCAAACCAGGUGGAGGUUACGGCCAAUUGUGUAUCUGAAAUGAACUGCAACAACAUGGAAGAAGAUCAUGAACUAAAAGAUGAUGAUGAUGGCAAGGAAGAAGAGCAUCUUCCUCCUGGAUCAUAUGAGAUCUUGCAAUUAGAAAAGGAAGAAAUUCUUGCACCCCAUACCCACUUCUGUACCAUAUGUGGGAAGGGUUUCAAAAGAGAUGCUAACUUGAGGAUGCACAUGAGAGGUCAUGGGGACGAGUACAAAACUCCGGCUGCACUGGCAAAACCCAACAAGGAGUCUAGCUCAGAAAAGGUGCUUUUGAAGAGGUAUUCCUGUCCUUUUGUAGGUUGCAAAAGGAAUAAGGAGCAUAAGAAGUUUCAGCCUCUGAAAACUAUUUUGUGUGUGAAAAAUCAUUACAAGAGAACUCACUGCGACAAGAGUUACAUUUGUAGCAGAUGCCAUACCAAGAAAUUCUCUGUUAUUGCUGAUCUCAAGACCCAUGAAAAGCACUGUGGCAGGGAUAAAUGGCUGUGUUCUUGUGGAACAACUUUCUCUCGAAAAGACAAGCUUUUUGGGCAUAUUGCUCUUUUCCAGGGUCAUACUCCAGCCAUUCCCUCUGAGGAACAUAAAGGAACAUCCGUGCCAUCAAAUCUUUCAGAUAACAGUGAAACAACAAACACUGUUGCAAAUAUGGGUUUUAGCUUUGGCUCCAAUGGUACUAAUGAAAAUGGUGCACAGAUUAUGAUGGAUGGAAAGGGGAAUGUUGAUGAUCCUUUCUUCUCUCUGCUAAAUUACGAAUAUAGUCUUGGUGGUCUUCAAGAUUUUCCACUAACCAAUUUUGACGAUUCACCAAGUUCUUUUUCGUUCCUCAAUUCUGAAGAAAAGGACGGGAUGAUGUGUGUCAGUAACGACGUUCAUUAGUAUUGGUUGGUGUUUUUAAGUUUUUUGUGCAGAGGAGCUUCUAUCAUCCUGACUUGUUUUCAAAUUGGAUGGACUCAAGCUCCUGUAAUUGCUUAGCUUAAAUAAAUGCUUUAUAUAUGAUCAUUGCACAUUACAGAUGUGUCUGCUGCAUUCUUUCAUUUUUUUUUUCUGAAAGGAUGCUUCAUUCUUUCAUUUA